CCUCUCAGAACUCUAGCGCAAAUACAUGGAUCUAAAAUGAAGUCUUCGUGACUUGUGUAUAACAACAAAGUAUUUGGGCGGACACCACCAAGCCCCUCACAAGUACUUUUUCUCCUGGAGUCCACAGUUUCCAAUCCUGCUCCAAGUUACCAGGUCUUGCAUCCUCAAAUUCUUGCAUAUUAAAUUUUUAGCAUACAUUUCUGGAAUCUUCUCCUCACUUCAGGUUUUUUUUCUUUAUAAAGAUGACUGAGGGGCCUUUAAUUUAUGCUACGCUAAAACAGAACUCUCAACAGAAAUUUGUGACAAAAGAUAACAUUAAGAAUAAACUCAGUGCAAAUGAAUUGCUGUUAAUGAAGGAAAAGCAGAAACGUCACAAACAGAAAGUGCAUAGAAAUAUAGCAGAAGACAUCACUGAAAAAGGAGAUUUCUCCCCUCUUCCAUGGAGGCUCAUUUCUAGCGUGCUCAGUGUCAUGUGCCUUCUCUUGAUGGCGAUAGCUAUUGCAGUGGCCGUUUUGACUGCAAACUCAUCUUCCAACAGAACAUCUCUCAGCAGCCAGCAGAAAGGACAUUGUUGCCAUCCUUGUCCGAAGAAUUGGGUCUGGUUCCAAUGCAGUUGUUAUUACUUCUCUAAGGAAAUGUUAACUUGGGAAGAUAGUCAGCGUGCCUGCUUAUCUCUAAAUUCCAGUCUCUUGGAGAUAAACAAGGAGGAGGCUAAUUUCUUCUCUUUGAGAUCUUUUUAUUGGAUUGGAGGCCAUAAAAGAAUUGGCAAUAAUCAUUUGGCUUCGUCCUCUGAUUCGUCGUAUCUCCCUCCACCUCAAAGACAAAAUUUAUGUCCAUCUUACGGAUUGAAAGGCACUGACUUAUAUGAAAACUGUAAAACGAAACAGACCUACAUUUGUAAGAAUCACCUUAUUUAUUCUGUGGAGUCACAAGAGUGAUGAAAAUGAUCUUGUCUCACCCUCUGUCUUGACAAUACUGCCAUUAGUCACUUCCAGUUCUAUAGAGAAAAAUGUGUAAAUUUACACCUUUCACUUAAUAAAAAUAGCAUCUUAUAAAAAUAUAUUUAAAUGCCAUUCUUUAAGUGUGUUUUGAUUUUGUUGAGCAGAUACAACUUGUCUUUCAUAAUUUUUUGUGAAAUAAGGCUGUUACCAUAUUUAGAGGAAUAAAUGUAUACGUAUACAUUUAGAAGACAUUACGAUAACGAAUUUAUGGAUUAAACAAAGAGAUAAGGUCAGUGACGUAGAGUCAGAUCAUUAGAUUUGAGGCUGUGCUCUGUUAACUAUCGUCUCUGCUUCUCAGACAUUUUGUAUUUGAUAUUUUAUCUCUGCUGUGUUCUCAUUAAAACUGGUAUUUAACUAUAAAGUCCUGCCACCGAUGAUCAAGGAUGGGGUUGAGUGUUAAUAUACUUGGCAAAGUGAUGGCUGUUUUACUAACUUACUAACUUUAUUUCAAGAAUAAAUUUUGUCAGAUAUCAGUUUUCUUUUCAUCUGACGUGAACUAUCUUUAUAUCCAUUUUGAAAACUUUCUGUUCUAAUCAGUAUUCCAUGGUGAUAAGAGUUCAACAGGAACUUGGGGAGGGGAAGGCGAAGGCAAGAAUUCUUUUCACUGAGAGGUCAGUAUUUUUAAAAUCAUAUUUAUAUAAAUAGUGACCAUGACAAUUUUCUUGUCACUAUUGAACCCUAUGUAAGUUAAAGAUUGCUCUUCUUGUCUUUUAUGUCCAGCUACAAAACAUGCCACUUCUAUACACUCUGGUAGAAGACAUUUUCACGUAAAAAAGAAUCUCAUGGAAAAUGUGACCCAGUAUUUACAGUCAUAAAAAUGCUUUAUGAUCUUUAUAUUACUUUCCUUUGUGUUUUCUUUUAAUGGUUAAAUUCUGUCAGGUUCUGAGUAUAGUGUUGCUUCCUGUGGUCAGACCUGCUGGAGGGAUAAAAAUAACGCUGUUAAAGCUACCAUGAUCAGCCACAUCCCUGCUUGUAAAACGUACUUUUGAUCUCCUUUCCUCCUUAAGCUAUGGCUUAAGGUAAACGGUUAGUCAGGUAGACGGCUUCAAUUCCCCAUAAUUUUUGCAGCAGCUAUUAUCCCUUUCAUCAGGCAUGCUAUUCCUCUACACAUUA